AUGUUCGAGCCAUUCGACUACACCUUGACUGACUACCAAGGCAAUGCCGCAGAUGCCAUUGCCGGUGUAGUAAACCCCGAGGACUGCCUCCCCGGAACAACAACCUCAACCACACACGCCCGUCAAUUCUCCCAGCCUGAUCAACCUGGUCAGAACACUACUAGUCAACACGACGCCGCUAGCAUCCGCGCUGCGCCCAACGAAAAUAUGCACCAAGUCGGCGAGGCCCUCACCCCAAACGAUUCCACACCUGUUCCGCAGCCAGCUUCCCCCUCUACUCGCGUAUCUCCUUCAUCACCCCCUGCCCCGUCCUUCCAUCGACCCCUACCUCACAACCCUCGCCCACGUGGGGCUACACGCCAAAUGAGCAAGAGCGGCGGUGUACAAAUGGUUCUUAACGAGGCUGGUAGCUGGAGCGAGCUGGCUCACAGUUCAACACUCCCCGCUGAAGGACUGGAGGGUGCCGACGACAAGGGCAAGCAAGCCAAUGGGAUGAUGUCAUUCUUCAGUCGGAAGAAGGGUCGUGACCGCAGUCCCAAGCCCACUGAGCCUGGUGUUCUGGGCAAAGAGGGGGCUAGACAGAUCAUCAGCUGA